UAAUAAUAAAAAUAACUGACACCUUAGUUCUCAGGCAUCAUUUUUUCCACCAAACACAUUUCCCACUCAGAUUACCCAACGUACUGAUUCACAUAUUGCAUCUCAAAUGCAUGUUUUUUCACUACAAUUCAGGGGUACUUGAUAGUGGAGAACAACCAAAGUGAGGGAUGUGUUGUUGAACCUGACGAGGUGUAUUUUAGAUUGACGGACACGUGCACUGAACAGCCAUAACUCUAUGAUACUAAUAUGCUGUCCUCCGUGUGCCGCCAUAACCAGGCACAGACUCCAUAAGACCUCUUGAGGUGCCCUGUGGCAGCGAAAGUUGUUUUUUUUAUGUCAGUAGGCGGAAACAAGCCGCCGCAGAACAGACAUCUUGUUCCAGCGAGUCCCACAGAUGCCCAAUGGGAUUUAGUUUCAUCUGCUCUCGUCGGAGCAGCCUACCUCCCUCCAGUAUUACAACGCUAGCGAGUCCAUAGCAAUUUCUCUGUCAAUUAUUAUCAUUAUUCGCAAUGUCAUUGAGAAGUACUACACUACCCACAAUCCUAAAGUGUAAAAAGGACGUCUCUGAUUGGUUGGAAGUCUUUGGAACGGCAUUUGCAAUGAUUUAUGGGAUGAGUAGUUCCUUUAUUCUUUGAAUAAUUAAAGUCUUGUACCUCUUCCUUUUUUCCGUUUCACUUUUUUUUGGUUGUUGCUCUGAAUCAAAAUGUUUAAUGGUAACGAUUCAUCUUGGGGUUUAUUGGUUUGGUUCCAGACUCAAAACUCUUUUUUAUGUGGAUUUUAUGAACUGUCAAUGGAAUGAGUGAAACAGAAAUUCUUUUCCAAAAGUGGGCGGUCACUGUUCAGUUCUAUAUGUGCUGCGCUUUAUUGUUGGUCAUGUUACUCUGAAACUCUUUUGUCUCAGCCAGGAUCCUGUAGAACGAUGAUGUUGGUUUUCCAGUGAUCUGAUUGGUCAGUAGUUGAACUGGUUGCUGGCUUUGAUCUCUUGUCUCGAACUUCACUUGCUCCGGAGCAGGUUAGCCAAAUUUCACAAAUUGGGCUUCGUGGAACAGGCCUCUGGACACUUUCCCCCAAAAACCAACUGUUUUCUUACGGUCUCAUUUAUCCCAGACCUCGAUGUCCUCUGUGAAGUUAUCUCAUUCCUCACUCAUGCCCGUUCUCUUGCUCACUCGUCUAGAGCUUCUGUAACCAUAAGCAACACCCCAUGGACUCUACAUGACACUUUGUUCCAAAAUACUGAUCAGCUGAAGCUGUUUCUUUUCCAGAAACAGUUUUGAUAAAAACUGAUCAAAGUGGCAUCCUUGAUUUGGCCAGAAAGAAGUAAACUGCUGCUGAGCGAGGUCUACAAAUAUUCCCACCACUUCCUCACACUCAUUUGACAGAAUGUUUCCCCUUGUACUUCUCUUUGCCAUUUCUCUUCUGCAUUCAUAUGAAGCCCAAGGAUCCGGUGCUGUGACUCCUGUAUUUGUACUGACGGGGAAGGAUUUACUUCUGGACGUCUUGUCUCCUGUUGUCCUGGAGGAAGAGGAUGAAUUUAGAUGGAAAUUCGCUCUUAACAAAAAACAGGAAGAGAGUGUAAUGAGGGUAUCCUACAAUCACAAAACCAGAAUAUUUGGCCGUUAUAAAGGAAGGGCGGCGAUUUCUCUCCAAAAUUACUCUUUGCAUUUGAGGAACAUGCAACAAGCCGACAGCGGACUUUACAGUGCGAAGAUUGAAAGGGAUGAGGACGAACUUGUGGGUGAAUACAACGUCACAGUUCAAGACCCAGUGUCUCCAGUUGAGCUGACAGUGGAAUUUGCGUCGAACAGCUCAGACUCCUGUAUCCUCACCGUGACCUGCUGCACACGUGUCUCCGAUCACAUCAACAGCAUUUUGAGAUGUGUCAACAGUACCUGCAGUUUGAACGGAGGAGAGAUGUCAAAGGUCACAGCAUCUGGUGCCUCUCUGAAAAUCUACCUGGUGGAUGGCACCAUCUCUUGUAGCCAUAGCAACGAGGUCAGCAGCAGUAUAAAGGUCAUGGAGGAGGUCCAACAGUUCUGCCAAACAGAUGCCGUUGGUAAUGUUGCCAUCAUAGUUGCGCCAGCUGUGACUUCUGCUAUGAUCGGCGCUGUUGCCCUUUCCUUGUGCAUUUUCAUAAAAUGGAAAAUAAAGAGCUGCAAACACACAGUAGAUGAUGUUCCUCAGGACAUCAAUCCAGUGCAAGGUCUUUCUCCGACCGCCACCCACGCCGUCGUGAGCUUUCACACUAGACCUGUCCAAUCUGCUGAGACGCAAGACACCGUCCCGCCAGAGACGGUGUACGCCCAGGUUUACAGAGCUGCCAAGGAUAAAGUCUGGACCCCAACCCCCACAACCAACACCUAGAUAUGAUAUAUUUAUACACUGGAUGUUCUCUUUUUCUGCCCCCUCAACCUGGAAUACACUGCAGCAGGAUCUAAAGCUCUCCAGCUUGGUCGCGCUAGGGGAUUUUAAACUCAUGUUACGGACACUGGGAAAAGCAUCUUUGGAAACUUGUUCUUGUUUUUAGCCUUUUCUAGUUUAUUAAGUCUUCAUGUACCCACUUAAAUAUUGUGUAUAGAAUAUACGCUACUAUUAAAUCUGUCUGUCUGUCUGUGACCGGUUGUUGUCGUAUUGUCCCAAAAGUGUAAAAAUUACGUCUCUGAUUGGUUAGAAGUCUUUGGAAAGGCAUUUGAAUUGAUUUAUGGGAUGAGUAGUUCCUUUAUUCUUUGAAUAAUUAAAGUCUUGUACCUCU